UUUUUAAUUGUUCGUGACCGUAAUUUCUGGGCUCCGAAAUUUUCUUGCAAUCGAUCUCCGGUUUUCGUGUGGAAAUUUAUUUUCUUGUUUUCGGCAGUACGUGAAUGAUCCCUGGUGUUAAUAAGUGUUUCUCUCUGUCUGUUUGGAUGGGGAGAAAAUUUUCUGAAACAAGAGCCAAAGCUUGUUUGUGAUGUUCAUAGAAUCUUUGCUUCAACUGAGUGCGUGGGUUUGUGGACUUUUGGCAUGCGUGAAGAACUGCAUACAUUUUGUAGAAAGAUUAAGGUCCAUGGAAGUAGAGAUCUUUGGACUUUUCAGUCUCCCGAGCUCUCCUCGAAUGGAAUUUAGGUCAAACAAGACUAAAAGGACUGUGUUUUCAUGAUGACAAGGCCCUUGGUGCUUGUGUUAGUUUUUGUGCUUAUUGUACUGACCUCGCAGUUUGAGUGGAAGCAACAAAUUGAGAGUGAAACAGAGAGCAGCCUGAUUCUUCCUCACGAAGAACGACAUAUACCACAUGGCAAAGAAUCUGUGAAAGAAAAGACAAUUCUCUCUCAAGAACAGAAUAUUCAGAAGCUUAAAGAGCUGAUCCGAAGUCUUAGGGGGCAGUUGCUGCAAUGCAGAAGUGAAAGUCAGGCUGCCUUGCCUGAGCUAGUAGAUGAACUUGAUCAGCUGCCUUUUAGGGGUGACUAGUCCUUUUUCUCCAGCAGAAUGAAGACACAUCUCUCCCGGGCUUUGGGUCGGAUCAAGAUUCUUGAAAACUGAGAGCUUGUCUUAUCAUCAGUCAAAAACACCUAAAAUGACCGGUUUUCGUACCCCCGAAUACCGCCAUACAUCAUACCCUAGGUAUCGACCUCACCCUCUUUGCCAUUUAACGCUUUCCCUCUAUAUCCCCCGAAAGCGACUUAUACCAAUGGUGUUACUAUCCAAUAAUACUCCAUAGCCUUUGUACUCCGAAAGGAGGGAAUCAAAGAGCAGUGGUCCUAUAGAUCAAGUUUAAGAUAUGAAGAUAGGAAAAAAAAAUGAAUUUUUCUUUGUGUGUGUGUGUGUGUAUGUGUAUAUAUAUGUGUAUAUGUAUGUAUGUGGUUGAGGACUUUAAAAGAGGAGGAGAGAUUGUACUGAUUCUGUGAGGCUCAAUCAAGUGUGUAAGGAUGGUUUUCUUCAUAACUUGAAAGGCAUUAAUGGGAAGAAGAGAGAGAGAGAGAGAGAGAGAGAGAUAGGCCACAAAAUGCUUUGCCUUCAAAGCCCAAAUGCUCUGCUUUUUGUUUCUUCAUUUAAUAUUCGGGCCAGUGAGCAGUUGCUGAUACUUAAGGCCCAUUCAUGUGUGUAUGUAUAUAUAUAUAUAUAUACGUGUUAUGGUUAUGUGUAUGUAUAUCAUUUUUAUUUGAA